AUGCCCUCCUCAACAACCCAACAUCCAACAACCCCAAUCUUCCUCACCCUCCCCCGCGAAAUCCGCGACCUAAUCUACUCCCACCUCUUCACCUCCAACAUCGUCCAUCUCUCCCUCCCCACCCGACCCCGUAACAUCGGUCUCCUCCGCGUCAACCACCAACUCCGCCUCGAAGCCUCCAAACCUUUCUACAACCUUACAACAUUCUACACCGAUGUCCGAAUCGCAAGUCUCUACAAUUGGCUUCAACGACUCCCAACCUCUCACCACGGAUACAUUAAAAAUAUCCGCCGAGUAGAUUUCGAAGCGAAAACGAGAAAUAAUAUUGGGAGAAUUGAGAAAUUGAGGGAUUGUAGGGAGAAGUUGGAGGGGAUGGGGAUUUGGUUAGGGGAGGGAGUUUUGCAGGUUGCGUUGAGGGGGGAGGGGAGGGAGGAGGUUUGGGGGACGGAGUUACCGGUGGAAUGGCCGGGGAGUGCGAGGGCGAAGGUGCUGGAUCGGAGGGAUGUUUAUGAGGGGUUGGAGGGGGAAGCUUGA